AUGAAAAACAAACUGGCAAGUGUUUGGAAACUCUCUGGGGACUUUGACAUGCUUGACGUGGACAAUGGGUUUUAUAUGAUUAAGUUUGACAUUAAAGAGGAUAGGGAGAAAGUCAUCAACGACGGCCCUUGGAUGAUCUUUGACCAUUACUUAGCGGUAUCCACCUGGAGCAAAGAAUUUGUCUCACCCGCCGUCCGUGUCAACUCCACCAUGGCAUGGAUUAGGAUUCCUGGUCUGAAUGUGGUUUUCUAUGAUGAAAGCUACCUGCUCUCAGUGGCUCGAGCAAUUGGUAAACCUAUCAAGGUGGACUUGAAUACCCUACAUGCUGAAAGAGGCCGUUUCGCAAGAAUUUGUGUUGAACAGGAUCUCACUCAGGCAGUGGUAGGCAAGGUAUGCAUUGAGGGAUACUGGUACAAGAUAGAGUAUGAAGGCCUCCAUAUUAUUUGUACCAAAUGCGGAUGUUAUGGGCAUCGUUCCCGGGAGUGCACAACUGCUCCGACGCCGUCAGUGGCGGUAGCGCCGGCCACGACUCAUAGUCAGGAACAUGAGACAACGGCCAACCUUAACCCUAGCGAGCAAGGAAGCCCAACCAGCGAAAGCCCAGCUGAGUCAUCGGCCGUAACAGACGCGAUUCCAGUACAGGAAAGUGGGGAUGCUAUCAUGGAGUUAGGCGAAAAAUUGGGAGACAUGAAUAUCCCACAGGGCCAACAGGAGAAAAUCAAGGAACCGACUGCACCAAUCCUAGAGGAGAAUUUCGAAAUUCUAGGAGAAUGGAUGACGGUGGUCAAGAAAAAGAGGAAUCAAAAUUUGCGGGCCCCAGCGACUAAAAGUGGAGCAAAUCCCACUAAUGCAAUCAUUGGAAAUUCGAAACCCAAUCAUGGGCAGCGGAAAACCAAGGAAAGGGUUGACAAACAAAAAACGGAUACCAAGGGUGAAUUUAAGGAGGGGUCCACCGACAUGCCAUUUAUGGUAUUCAAUAUAGGUGAAAAUUCAAAAAAGAGGUCUCGUGGCAUUGGAAAUGAGGCCAUAUUCAAAAGCUUCCAAAGGGCCCCACCCAAUCAAAAAUUAAUUGACUCCACAAAUCCCCCUCCAGUGUUGAAAUUUGGCCAGCAUGAGAAACCUGGAGAUGUUGCGAAUGUUGAACUCCGUCAUGAUGGUGCCACAGAGGGGAAAAUUACCUCUAUGGCCAUGGGCUCUCAGCCUGGACAUGAAUAG